CACCACCAUGAACCGCCUCGGCUCCGGACCCGUGGGCAGCGCCGCCGCAGCUGCCGCCGCCGCCGGGCAGUACCGGGUGUGCGGCAAUUGCCGGAAGGUGCCGAGACAGGUGUUCCUGUUUGUAUGCAGAGGUGCUUCCCAUUGUUGUCUCUGCAGCCCAGCCUGGUAGUCUUUGUGCUCUGAGUAGAAGCUAUAGGGAACGUAAUGCAGAUGAGUCAAAUUGUGAAAUGCCAUUACAGGGAGGAAAAGAGAGUACAAGUGUCCCCACCGUUGACAAGAGGACCAAGUGCCUUUAUACCAGAGAAUGAAGUUAUGCAAGCAAAUGGUUUGGAUGAACGUACCAAUCUUCUUGUGGAAGAAUAUUCUACGUCUGGUCGCCUGGACAACAUCACACAGGUCAUGAGUAUCCACACUCAGUACCUGGAGUCCUUCCUCCGCAGCCAGUUCUAUAUGCUGCGCAUGGAUGGACCCCUUCCUCUGCCCUACAGGCACUACAUUGCUAUCAUGGCUGCUGCCAGACAUCAGUGUUCCUACCUAAUAAAUAUGCACGUUGAUGAGUUUCUGAAGACUGGCGGGAUUGCAGAGUGGUUGAAUGGUUUAGAAUACAUUCCCCAAAGACUGAAAAACCUGAACGAAAUAAACAAACUUCUUGCACACCGGCCCUGGCUGAUUACGAAAGAGCACAUCCAGAAACUUGUCAAGACUGGGGAAAAUAAUUGGUCUCUUCCUGAACUGGUGCAUGCUGUUGUCCUGUUGGCACAUUAUCAUGCCUUGGCAAGUUUUGUAUUUGGUAGUGGCAUUAACCCAGAGAGAGAUCCGGAUACAUCUAAUGGAGUCAGACUUAUAGCAGUCAACAACUUCUGUGUCUGUGAUCUUGCCAAUGACAACAACAUAGAAAAUGCAUCCCUCACAAGUAGCAACUUCGGGAUUGCAGAUUCUUUAAGUGAGCUGGAGGCCCUGAUGGAAAGGAUGAAGAGACUACAAGAAGAUAAAGAGGAUGAAGAAGCCUCUCAGGAAGAAAUGGCAACUCGCUUUGAGAAGGAGAAGAAGGAGAGUCUGCUAGUAAUUAGUGGAGCAUUUGAUGAUGAAAUAGUUUCUACGGAUGUCUCCCGUUAUGUUGAAGAUCCUGGGUUUGGGUACAAAGACUUUGCAAGGCGAGGAGAAGACCACCUGCCAACAUUCAGAGCUCAGGACUAUACUUGGGAAAAUCAUGGCUUUUCCCUUGUAAACAGGCUUUAUUCUGAUAUUGGACAUCUCCUGGAUGAGAAGUUUCGGAUGGUGUAUAACCUCACAUAUAACACUAUGGCAACACAUGAAGAUGUUGAUACAACUACACUAAGAAGAGCUUUAUUUAACUAUGUCCACUGUAUGUAUGGAAUCAGGUAUGAUGACUAUGAUUAUGGAGAAGUUAAUCAGCUACUUGAACGCAGCCUGAAGGUUUACAUAAAGACAGUGACCUGCUACCCAGAGAGAACUACCAAGCGCAUGUACGAUAGUUACUGGCGCCAGUUCAAGCACUCAGAGAAGGUUCAUGUCAAUCUACUUCUGAUGGAAGCUCGGAUGCAAGCUGAACUUCUGUAUGCCCUUCGUGCCAUAACUCGUCACUUAACCUGAAGCACUCGCUGGCCAGGAGUACAGGGGCUUCUACUGAGUAUGUAAAGACCUUUCAAAAUAGAUACACACCAGAAGCUGUUUGUGAUGUAGCAUCAGGUUAUUCAAUUCUCUAGUGUCAAAGUUUAGCCGUGCUUCUUGGCGGCUGUAAUGUGCAAUGACGUGUUUUAUUUUCUUGAUGCUUAACAUUACUAAUGAUAACAAAAGUAACACUGAGGAGCGCUAUUCUGCAUUGUUUCCGGCUGGAUUUCUGCACAGUGGUCAGGAUCCUGAAACUGGUUUUAUUGUAUCAAAUCCUAGCGCUUUGUUCUUUAAGCACUGGAGUGAAGUGCUUAGAGACUUCUUUUUCCAAGCAAUCAUUUUUCAGAUGAGUGGAGUCCAGCAGAAGAUCAGUUCGGCCUGUCCUGAGAACGUCCCAUCACGUCGUGACUCGCGACAGAGACGCGGGGGCUGUUCCACAUCAAAUUGCCCACUGGAUUCUCCUGUGUGUCCUGGAGACUGCUGCCAGUCACUGUCUUACUACAGCAAUUGGAGGUGAUGCGAGAUGUGGAUGCAAGCAUCGAGCACACUUUAAUGUGAAAUUAAUCUUGGUAAAUCCUACAGCAUGCUACUGAAGUGCAAAAUUCAUCUGCUUUGUCGUGCCCCUUCACAAAGAGAAGAGGCCUCACAGUUUGCCAUUUCAGCCACACUUACUGUGUUUCAAUCAUGCAUAGUCUUGUUUUACUGACAGUCACCCUCAGUUGUCCUGACAAUAUCCAUGCUCAUCACGUGUUGCAAUUUGUUUAGUUGGCACCUAUAAAAUUAAUACACAGGCUGACCAAAAAUAGGAUUGUGGGGUUUUUUGCACUCUCUUCUUUAUCAAUGUUUUAACUAAGGAAAGUAAAGGAAGGCUAGUAUAUCUAUUCUUUCAUAUUGGAUGUAUAAAAAUUAUUUCCCAUAACUUUUUCAUAGCAUGAAAUUGUAAUAUUCAAAGUUUUAAAAGUUUCUAUGCAUUAGUGUGAGUGAACAAAAGAAAAGUGCAAUAUUUAGAAAGAAAGCAAGCUUUUUUCCCUGACAUGCCACUGCUAAAGUGUCCUUCUUAUAUAGCCAUAAAGAAAUUUUAAAACCAAAUUUCUUUAUUGUCUAGCAGUUUUGUUUUAGCUUUUACAGCUUAAGACAACCUGAUACUGAGAUGCCAAAGCAUCCCCAAAACAAAGCAUUUUUGGACAACCAGUAAUAUUGGGGAAGGGAAGAAAUAAGCUGCCAAAAAUGUCACACUUUUGUGCUGUUUUCUGUUGCUUUUGACUAAUUUUUGAGAGCACAAAAUGUUGAUAUUUAUAGCUUUAUUUUGUAUUGCAUUUAAUGAACCAGUGAAGUGCCUAAAGAGAUGCUUAAACUUACCCAGUAGAACACAAGUUAACUGCUUCAACUUUUGUCUGUUGGUUUGAACUUUUCAUAUUUCUUUUGAGGAGGGUGACUUUUAUUUCUGUGAUAUAUAUUCAAAACUAACCAGACAGGUUUAUUUUUAAUGUUCUGUUGGAUUGUAGAAGUUAAUGCAGGACUUUUUUUCAUCGGUGAUUGCAGAACAGUUAGAAAAAAAUACUACCAGUCAUAUUUUGACACUUUUCAUUUACAAAACGAUGGACCAGUACUCUACUAAAGUUAUUUUCUCUUUUCUUCCCUCUUCCUGAUCCAUGCUUUGACUUUGCAUGUUGGUUUUUCUGCUUUAUCUGUCCGUUUCAGAUUGGAAAGCCUGAUGAUUGUACACUUUUCUGCACUUUCAGACUGCAGACUCUGCAUGUGAAAGCCUUUUGAGGAAGAAAUCAGUAACUAUUUUUUUUUAAGUGUCAUUUGGCUAUUUAGAAAACUACCCAACAGACAGCACUGGUCUGUCUUGUAGAAAGCAUCGGGUAGAACAUCAGAUUUAUUUAUCUUGUGUAGCUAACUGCAAAGAUUUCUCAGAACUACUGAGAUGCUCAUAUAAGUGAACUUAGAUUUGCUUUCUAAAUUGUUAUGAUCCUUCCCCCCUGCUUCUUGUGAUUGCAGUGGCCAUACCUAAUGGCUUCUGCUGAGAGAAGUUUUCAUGCAAUACUUUUGUUUUUCAGAGUGAUGGGAACUGUUCAGUACUGCUUUAAAUUUCUUUGCAUUGAAAAGUCAAGUAGUUUUCAAGAAGCACAGUUGAGCUCUGGAAAGGAGGUGAAAUUAGAUUUGGGUAACUAAUAUGAUGGCUUGGUUUCCCCUCAGAAAUGCAAAGACUUCCGGAGUAGGUUGAGUUUUACAUUUGGAAACAUGAGUGCCUUUACUUCUUUCCUUAUGAAAUAUACUUGCCAGCUCAAAUGCCUUCAUGAGCAAAGUACAUGAGCAGAUUUGAAAUACAGAAACCAUAAAUGGACUGCUUCACAAAACUUGUAGUAAACCAGUGUUUUGUUUUGGUUUUUUAAGUGCCAUAUCAAGUCCCAUAUGGCCUGCAAGACAUUCCAUCAUAGGAAAUGUCAUUGUACAACUAGUUUGCUAUUUCUCUUUUUUUUUCCUUUAAUAUUAAAUGCAAACUUGAAACAUCUGGAAGUGUUUUCCACGUGGCAUUUUUUUUCAAAGUAUUGCAUUUAUAGUGCAACAAUUUAUAGCCUAGUUUUUAUACACAAAUUUGGGAUUUUUAAUAGAUGUUUGUUCAGAAUAGGUGUUUAAAGUCAGACAACACUACCAUACACUUUAUGCACGCUUUAGGUUCACACUGUGCCAACUUUUAAUGUGCAAGUGUUCUUGGAUUUUUUUUGCAUUUUUAAAGCACACAUGAAUGUGAAUCUUCACACUUUUUUCAUUAAUAUUUUGCUUAAGAGUACCAGAAUCACUGGAAGUGUAGAUCCUCUCCCUUUGUGUUCCUUUAUUGGAAUUGGUAAUUACCAGCAUUCAUGUUAGUCUACAAAAUCCCAGCCGUGACCAACACAAAAAUAAAAUGUACAGUCUCCUGUCUACUGAAGAGAAAGCUUGAUAGGUACAAAUUAUCCAGCUAGCACAGGGAGCAUUGUGAGUAGGGAACAGAGCUUUUGAACAUGAACAGCUUCUUAUCAUUGCAGAGUCACUUGAAAUGUGUGUUGCUGUAGAGUAUGUCCUUGCUGAGAUUGCUCUAUUUUUUUUGGUAAUGAAGAGAAGUGAAAAAGGUGCCAACUGGAGAAAGCAUUUGCAUUUCCCAGAACAUUCUACCCACAGCCGAACUUCAUGAGAGUAUCAUCAUACAAGAACAGAAAUAAUUGUUAAAACAGAAAUAAUGAUUUUAAAUUUUGGUGCAGCUUGUGCAGAUGGCUACUACAGCUAGUGCUGUGGUGUCCUAUGAGAAUUUUGGUGAGCUGUAGAAGGAUUUAUUUUCAUCAAGGCUGAAUUGAAACAUAUAUCCUUUGUCCUAAAGCCUUCACUAAAAUGAAAAUCACAGAAUCAUAGAAUUUGCUAAGUUGGAAGAGGUCCACAAGAAUCAUCAAUUCCAACUCCUGACCCUGCACAGGACAGGUCCGAAAGUGAUACCAUGUGCUUGAGAGCACUGUCCAAAUGCUUGUUGAACCCUGUCAGGCUUCCCUGGGGAGCCUGUUCCAGUGCCCAACCACCCUCUGGGUGAAGGGCCUUUUUCUAACAUCCAACCUAAACCUCCCCUGACUCAACUUCAGGCCAUUCCCUAGAGUACCAUCACUGGUCACCACAGAGAAGGGAUCAGUGCCUGCCCCUGCUUCUCACAAGGAAGCUGUAACUGCAGUGGGCUCUCCCCUCAGUCUCCUCCAAGCAGAACAGAGCAGGUGACCUCAGCCACUCCUCAUACGCCUUCCCCUCAAGGCCCUUCACCAUCCUUGUAGUCCUUCUUUGGACACUCUCCAAUAGUUUCAUGUCUUUCUUAUAUUGUAGUGCCUAAAGCAGCACACAGGACUUGAGGUGAGGCUGCCCCAGUGCAGAGCAGAGCAGGACGAUCCCCUCCCUUGAUCCUUGAAAAGGAUGUAUUUCAGCUGUAAGAGUUAAAGAAUCUCCACUAUCAGCUCUUCCUAUGUAUUAAAAAAUAUUUAAGGACAGAAAAAUCAGUACAUUUGUAAACAAUUACAAAUAUAAGUAUAAAUUUAGAACAGAUCAGAAGAGAACAAAAAACAUUUUGUUGCUCUUUUACUUGAGUGCAAAAAGUCAAAGCACCAGAUUCUUCAAGUGUAUUUUUGUUUGUAGUGAUACUGAUAUUUUCAUGGGAUUUGGAAAAAGCAGCUUGCUGACUAAAUUUCAAUGGGGAUUUAAGCACCCAGGCACUCAGCAAAAUCCUAGAAGAUGCCCACUUGAAUGUUUGAGUCAGAUUUUUAAAGAAACUGAGUCACCUAAAUAAAAUAGAAUAAAAUUAAUUUCCAUAGAGACUAAAAGAAUAAUAUGUACCAGGUCCAUGUGAUUUGCAGUGAUUGUUAAUGAAAUGAGUUGUUUUGGGGACUUAAUGUAGACUUAGAGAAAUCUCUCCUAAAGCAGUUAAACUGUAAGCCACUGCUCUUGCAGAACAGGUUCCCAACCUUUCUCAUGCAUGUGUGUUUUCCAUGAACAUAGGCAUGCAUUUCAGGCUCAUGAUUCAGAAUCUGGACUCCUUUCAGAAGAGCUGGGUUAUUUAACCUCUACUUGCAGAAAACAUUCAUUGAUGGUAGUAAGUGGAUAGCGUGUGCCUGAACUAAAAAUUUUUGGAUCAAAAGAAAUACUCCAGAUCUUCUUGAUCUCAAGUGAUGUUCUUUCAGUUACUUUGUGUAGAUGUUUGGAUCCUUCUCCCAUAAAUAAGGGGUGAUGUUGCACAAAACAAAGGAAGGGAGGAGUGGAUUCAUUGUAAAUGAACUUUCCCAGAGCAGAUCUGACUAUAGAGCUGUAAGAAUCAGUUGCUGUUAGCAAUCAUUCCAAGAGCUGGACAAAAUGUCAGUUUUCAUUACCUGAACUUCAGAUUUACUGUUCCUCAUGUCCCCCAGCACGAUGUUUGUCUGAAGAGAUGCAUCCACCAACGUUUCUAUAUUUAGGAAUUGUAAGUGAAACGUUUUAUCUCCAAAUAAAAAUAUAAUAUUUCAUACCUACUGCAUAGAUUACAGAUGUGAGAGAUGGAGAGAGCACAGUAGUAUGAAGAAACUUCAGGAGCAUCUUGAUCAGUGUUAAUUUAUUCCAUAGAGCACAUUUCCUGGCAGGUAGUCGUGCUGCUGCUCCCCCAAUAUGCAUCAGGUCUCUUUUGCAGAUAUUUAAUCCUUUGCUGCUCAUCAGGGGAAAAAUUGUCAUUUUCCAACCUGCCACCACCCCUGUCCUGCAUCAAGUGCUUCCUGUCUUCCCAGUUCCCAACCCUGAGCAGCCUCCCAGCUGCAGGGACAACCCCCCAGCCUUAACCUUGAAAACAAGGUUCCUCUAUCACUGCUUGUUGUUAAGUGCAGAGGCUCUUUCUCACCUUUAGAAACACUUAAUUGUAGUAGAUUGUUUCUGGACAGGAAAAUGUUAAAAGUGGUUCAAAAGGAUGAAACUCAGUAUUUGCUUAGUAGUGUCAAAGCCUAUCUCUGGAGUUACAGUAAAAAUCCAGUGGAUCCACUAAGGAAAUGCUUUCUUUGGUGAAAUGCCCCAUGCUUGAGCUAUUCAGCUGUGCAGGUUUCUCAGAGGAACAUCUGACAGGGAAUUUGAGGUCCCCUUCUGCCAGGCAGGCUUACAGGGCAUCAGGUCGGCAGCCCCUCAGGUGCCUUGCAGCCAGGCAGGCUGCAUCCAGCCUCUGAAACAAGUGGAUUUGGGUUUUUCAUUUAUCUAUGAGAAAAAAAUCCAAAUGCACAUUGUAGAGUAGCUGCUGGAGGCAGAGUUGGGUGUUCCUAGGGUACUGAGUAUCAUCAAGGCUUGUGGAAAAUAGAAACCUUGUUCCUGACAGUAGUUAGAGGUAUUGGGGAUCCCAAUUGUUACAGUAAUUGUGGGGAGCAAGCCCUGUUGUCGGCAUCAGGCUGCACGGACCACAGGCACUCCCAAGGGGAUACGGCCAGCACAGGAGGAGUUGAGGUAUUGGUCAGCUGAAGAAAUGGCACUGAAGAGUCUGAGAGGUUCUUUUGUGUGCCUGUGCAUAGGGGAGGUGGUGGAGGAUGCCUGAGGAUGCCUCCUUCCAAGGUGUCCAGAGGGCUUCUUUGGGAACAGAGCUGGAGCCUUUUCCUUACUCCAGAGAUGGACCAGGGGAAGGAAACCAUUCUGCCCAAGAAAAACUUGCUGCUGUUGAAUUGCAUUUUCUCUUCUCCGCCAGCCCUUUGAAGGGAGUUUAAAGGCAAAAUAGGUCAAUCACUAAGUGUUGUGUCUCUAGGUGAGGAGUCUGGGGGGGGGCAGCAACAGCAGCAGCUCCAAAUACCAACAGUCCAAAACUGUGUCUCAUUCCUCACUUCAUGCUCAUGUUGUGCCACCAAGACCCAAACCUCUUCACUCCAGCCCAGCAGCCAUAUGCCCAGGUGGCUGCAAGAGCAGCCCACUCAUGGUGGUGGGUGAUGUGGCCACUUUUAGGGGGAAAAUAAUAAUAUUUAGGCUACAGCCCUUGGACUCUGCGAGGCAGUGCAGUCAGAGGUCUUUUCACGACUGUGACCAGAACUGGAUAUUAACUGUAGCUUAGAAAAAUAGGAACUUUGUAAACUUGAAAUCUCUCGGUUUUACCCUUUUCUCCUUUUGCUGGAAAGCCACACGAUGAAUGUAUAUGCUUUAUCUUUCUAUCAGACAUAACUGAAAAUCAGACUGCCAACUCCUUGUUUUGUAUUAGCCUUUUUUUUAAAACAAAAAAAGAAAAGUUUGUGAGCAAUAUAUGUAGCAUGCUGUGAACGUCUGUUUUGAUCUUUAUAGUUACUCUUUAAUCCAUCAGUAUUAACACCAGUUCUUUUUUGUGUUCCCCUUGGUACUUUGUAUGCAGUGUAAGCAGAAGCUGUGAUCGGCUUUGCAGUCCUGUGCCAUGUUACUGUAACUCCUUGAUUUUUUAGGAAGCACCUGACUGUGGGCCACCCUGGGGCAGGUAGCGUGCCCGUACACGACUGCCACUUUUUGGUCUCUUGUACUAUGUAUAGUUCCAAGUAGAAUAAGCUUUUUAACAGAAUAUUGAUGCGGUUUAUGAGUCACGCAGGCUGCAAGUGUCUGGUGUGUGAGAGUCUUUGUAUUUAUAGUUGUUGGGGUUUGGUUUUUUGUUUUGUUGUUUCGUUUUUUUUUAAUUCAUAAAGUAGCAAACUUGAUAAACAUAGCCACUUUAAACUGCUCUUGCUAAACAGACCCUGCUGUAGAUAAAAUACCACUGUAGAUACAGGGAGAAGCACCAGCUGACCUCUCUCGACUGUGGGUGAGCUGAGCCCUUCUUGGCACAAAGCACAGUCCGAGCCACAGCUACGUGUGUCCACACGUAGACCCAAACACAGCGAAGUCUGUUUCAGCCCCCUGUGCCCAUAAGCCUGCUGCUGGCUGCCUCCCACACUCUGCUCACCAGUGCAUGGGGCAAGCAUGAGAGGGAUGGACAGACCAGCUGCUGGACCACAAACGUGGUCACAGCACUUCUGCAGCCAAAAAGCUUCCAAGCCUCUCUCAAGUGCGAAAACUAGCCCUUGAUUUGCUGACAGCAGGGCCUGGCACACUGGGGUAAGAAGCAGCAUUGGCUCCCUGUUGGCAGCCAUGGGUCUGAGCCUCCUUGGCUGGGGCAGCAGGCAGGGCAGUGCCGUGCCCAGAGAGGGGCAUUUCAUUGCAUCUCCCCCCUCUGACCCUCUGGACAGGGGGUAAAUUGUACCCAGCCCAGCCCAGCAGCUGUCAGCUCACGGCCUCCUUGCACUAUGGCCAGGCAGGUGUUUUGGGACGGAGGGUUAAGGACAAAGCUCUGACACUGCAGCUCCCUCCCACCACCAGGAAGUGAGGAAGUGUGGUAGCUCUGUGGGUCCCAUAGUCCCUACAGCAUCCUGUGGGCAGGUGACACAUCUCCUGUCCUGCCUCCCAGGUCACCACCUGUCCUGAGCUCCAGAGACAGGCCAUGGGCUCCAUGCUUUCACAGGAGGUUUGCCUGCAAGGUGAGGCAGCUGUGAGGAGCUCACUGUGGGUUACCACAGCAGCUUUUAUCAUUUCUUUCCUAUUGUUGCUGGUUGGGUUUGUUUUGUUUUGUUUGUUUUUUUUUUGAAAGGACAGACUGACCUAGUGGGAUGGAAUUUUUUGUGUGUGACUUUUGUUAGUUUUUUAAGUUACCCGACUUGAAUUUAUCUGAACAGAUGCAGAAGGAACUUUCUUUUUUUGUGAGUUAAGAGACAAAAACUCAUUUUUAAACAAAGGAAUCACGUAUUAACAUUUUAACAGCAAUUCAUAAAUCUGCACUUUUUAUGAGGUUUUGAAAAAUCUAUUUAUAGGUACGGAACAAUGGGGUUUGUUUAAAACUGUAUCGCAUUUAUACUUGCUGAAAUUACUUUCAUUGUUAUCAGUAGGAAUUUCAUUGGUUAAAUAAAACGGAUAAAACCUGA